GCUGGAUGAUCAGAAGAGUUCACCAAGACAACCACCUAACAAGAUCAACACCAUCAGCAUUUGUCGCGUCUUGUAGCGCGUCCUCUCCCCGGCCGGCAACACAACAAACCCACCUGCGCUACCACUUUACAUCAUUUGCUUUACGAAAUCCGAGCAAGCAAGGGAAAGCUGAAGGGAGAGAGGGAAGAUGUGAUGGGCAUACAACUAGACAACCUCAGACAAUGCAACAAUGGCUAGCCAACACCGAGCCCAAAAGAUCUCCAGUGCCAUCGACAGCCUUAUAGCCCACCUGAUCCCCGAAAACCCCUACGAAGACGACCAUACCGCCGAGCUUCGACACGACGAUUAUGCGUCAGCCGUCAAGGCCCUUCUCGAACAACCCUCCUCGCCAAGCUACGAUGCGGACGUUAACAAUGCCUCAGACUUGAUCAAGAGGAAGUUGAUCCAGGGAAAUCCGACCCAGGCACUGCGCUUCUCUCAUCUCUAUACCCGACUACUAUCCCUCCCGGUUCUCAACCAGAAAUGGGCGAUCCUCUACUUUCUAUACCAGCUCUCGGACUCGCCAGAUCCCAAUGAGCCCCUUCCUUUGAGUCCGCUUCCGCAACAGCAGCCCCAUUUCGACCCUCAGUUUCAGCCUCAGAUCCAGGCGCAAACACCUCCGCCGCAACUUCUAAGACCUCCCCAACAGGCAGCUUGGCCUGCCGAACCCAGGAUCCCGGCAUAUGAAGAGGUUCAGGAUGAGGAGGUGAUGGAGGAUGCCCCUUCUCCAGAGGGAUCUCACAAUGUUCCGCCAGAAAGGCCAAGACAUGGUAGAGACCAAGGUCAUACGCCUGCCCAGAGUCACCAGGCUGGUCCUGCUUCAAGAGACGAGAGGGAUGUGGCACACGACCCUUCGGAGCCGGCCUUGUUAAGGGACCUGCCUUUUACCCUGCAGGGCCUCUCGUCGGCAACUCUCCCUUUUCUCAACGACACAACGUUGAAGCUACCACCAACACUCCCUAUUCCUAUCAUCUCUCUUCUCAACACACUGGCCGAGCCUUCGCUUCUCUACAGAGGACUGAACGAGUUUACCAAAACGCCGGCAAACGGCUUACUGGGCCAGAGUCUAAGGGCUGCGAUUAGCAAGGAGCUUCGAUCAUAUCUGACCCUGGUGGCCACUCUGGAGACCCAAAUUCGCCGUGCUCUCUCUGAGCUCGAUGAGACCGCUCCCCGUGGUGGCAUUGGAAAGACCGGUGUGACACUUAAGCGAUGUGUGGUAUGGACCCGUGAGGCAACCAUGGGCCUGCGCCUCAUGUCUCUGAUUGCGGAGGAGAGCAAGAAUAAGCAUGGUGGGCAGUUGAUCACUCUGAUUCACAGCUUCUCGUCUUCGCAUGGCGACCCUGUUGUGGCUGCUUUCGCUGAACGGUUGCUUGUUGACGUGACUCGCCCAUUCUACGAUAUCCUACGCCGCUGGAUUUAUGACGGAGAGCUCCUCGAUCCCCAUAUGGAGUUCUUUGUCCGGGAACAGAACCCCCACGACGAGGAGAGGAAAGACGCCAAAGCUAAGGGCCAAAUGAGUGUCUGGAACUCCAAGUAUGAGAUCGUUGAGGACAUGGUUCCGAGCAUUAUCACGUCCGACUUUUCUAAAAAGGUUUUCCUCAUCGGAAAGUCCCUUAACUUUAUCCGCCACAGCUGCGGCGAUCACAAAUGGGUCGAAGACUACAGUAAAAAAGCCUCCAGGGAGCUCAAGUAUGGCGACACGGCUACCCUGGAAGCCUGGAUUGAUGAGGCACAUAGGGAGACAAUGAGCCACCUUAUGCACCUCCUGAGCGAUCAGUUCCGCGUCUUCGAUCAUCUAGAGGCGCUAAAGCGGUACAUUCUGCUGGGCCAGGGCGAUUUCAUUGCUCUGCUGAUGGAGUCGCUAGCUCCUAACCUAGAUCGGCCAGCGGGUGCUCAGUAUCGGCAUACUCUUACUGCGCAGCUUGAGCAUGCCAUCCGAGGCUCAAACGCUCAAUAUGAUGACCCAGAAAUUACCAAUCGCCUGGAUGCCCGCAUGCUUCAGCUCAGCCAUGGCGAUAUCGGCUGGGACUGCUUCACGCUCGAGUACAAGAUUGACGCACCCGUUGACGUCGUUGUCACCGAGUGGGGCAACCGACAGUACCUCAAGGUCUUCAACUUCCUUUGGCGUAUCAAGCGUGUCGAGUUUGCCCUGGCCUCUACCUGGCGCAAGUGCAUGACCGGCGCCCGCGGCGUUCUCCAGACAUCAGACGAGAAGGUGCUCCAGACCUGGAAGAGCACCCGGGGUGUUCUCGCCGAGAUGGUACAUUUCGUCGGCCAACUACAGUACUACAUCCUCUUCGAGGUCAUUGAAAGUAGUUGGACCGAACUCCAGAAGAACAUUCACAAGGAGAACUGCACGCUCGACGACCUAAUAACCGCCCACACCAAAUACCUUACCUCUAUCACACACAAGGGUCUCCUAGGGGCCAAACGACGACAGUACCCGCAGACAGGCGAUCCCGCCGCCGCACCUUCCACGACCGACGAAGAACGCAACUCCUACAUGGUCCAACUCAGCGAGCUCCUCCGGACAAUGCUCGCCUACAGAGACAGCGUAGACGGCCUCUACAGCUGGUCCGUCUCCGACUUUACGAGACGUCAGGAGAAGGAGACAGCCGGGCUCAUCUACUCACACCGCGGCGGCGGCGGCGCCCGAACCACGCAGCGAGACCGAGCAGAUUCCCAAGCUGCGUCCAUGGCUGACUCGAUGGACCUCGAUCCUCCAUACGACUAUAACAACGACUCCUCAGCCACCGGCGGCGGCGGUGACGCGGGAGCCGUUAAGAGCGAGUUCCCGGCGUUGCAGGACCGGUUGAAGCAAUUGGGCGCCAACUUUAAGACGAGGCUGCAGAUCCUCCUGGGAGAUCUGGCGUAUCAGCCGGAUGUGGAUAUGCGGUUUUUGGGGGUUUCGAUGAAUUUCAAUGAUGUGUAUCAGCCUGUGAGGAGGAAGACGAAGAGCUCGUCGAGUGCUGCUGUUCCGAGCGGUGGGGCUACCUCUGUAGCUUCGGGGGCAUCGUCGGGAUCGGGGGGCGCUCUUCAGGGGCAAGCUCAGGCUGCGGGGGGGAGUGGUGGGCAAGUAGGAGGAGGAGGGACGACGAAUUUUCGUGGGACAGAUACCUCGAAGGCCUAGGCAGCAUGCGGAUCAUCUGACGGGAGCGAUUUGAGUAGGGGACCGAGAUAUUUGUACCGGAGCCGGUAGGGACAGUUUGAGUCGAUAGGUGUACCACUAGUUGUAGGAUGGAUGGGGAGUGGCGGGAGGAAUGAAAGUCGGACUUAAUACGAACAUCGGAAGAAUGA